AUGCAGAGAGUGUGGACAAGGGCCAAACAGUCAGCCUGGGAGUGCCAGGUUGAGAGAAAUGAGCUUGAGGAGAAGUUUGAGAAGUUUGGCAGAGUGGUUGAUAUUUGGGUAGCAAGGCAGCCCCCGGGGUUUGCAUUUGUGACCAUGGACGACGAGAACGAAGCCAACGAAGCCGUAAAAGAGCUGGAUGGCUCCAAAGUGGCCGGAGAGCGCAUUCGGGUGGAGGUGUCGAAGGGUGGUGAGCCUCGGCGCGGCCCGCCCCCGCGUCGCGGUGGAUCAAGGAGCAUGCGUUUUUGCAUCAAACACGAAUGA